AUGGUGAUGGCAACUCUUUCGGUAGUCUGUCUUGAAGAAGGUUGUCAGCGUGCCAGAAGCGCCAGCGUGGCUUCAUCACAUACGCUUGCUCUCGAGGACGAUGAACCAGACCGCAGUAGCGAUGCCCACAUCAUAGAUUGGAUCAGCAAGGUCGGAAGUAUCACACAAACGCAGACAUCUAGCCGUGCAGGAAACCAGCGUCAAACCAAUUCUCUCUCGCAGCAAACCAUUCAGAUUGGGGAUGUGAUCGAAGUCAAAAAUGCCAUGAUUGGUGAUUACCGAGCAGACUUCAUCCAAGUGAUGCAGAUUUCCAUGGAUACACCAUCUGAGCGAAAUUUCCGAGGUGUUCCUUUUACGAGAACACGAAAUGUUUUCGGCUGGCUUCCCAAGAAGCUCAAUGAAGUUUGCAUGAUGCUGCAUUUUCAGCAACAAAACGGACCCGCCCCCGACGAGUCUGCACGAUUGAUUGAUGUAAAAGAAGACCAAAUUGUGAGGCGACGACACCUCAUUAUUACAAACGCAAUGUUCCCAGAACAUUCUGCGUUACAGGACAUGCGAUUCCGUCAGUCCAUCAGAGGCGGAACCAGGGCGCUUAGGCGCCACAUUGAACAGUCAGGCAAUUUGAUCUGUCGGUGGAAAUGGAUGGUAUAUUUCGGUGACGGCUCGGCUCCAAGAACUCUGGAACAAGUUUUUGAACGGAUAUCGGCUCAAGAAGUUUUGGACCGCCAAUAUCUUGUUUACGAAGAGAUACUCUGUAAUAGAUGGAGGGGCGGCCUCACCAGAGGAGGUUCUUGGAUUCCGGGCCAAGACUACGCCGCUCGGGGCAUUGAUAUCACCGAUACUUCGGGAACGCGGGCUAGAAAAACUCGAGUAAAAAACCAGAAAUAUACGUUAUUUGAUGCCUUUUCGGGCGCUGGGGGAGUCUCAAGGGGGGCUCAGAAUGCGGGAUUCAAGGUUAUCCAUGCGGUCGACAAAUCACCAGAUGUGUGGCAAACAUAUUCUCUAAAUUUCCCCGAGACAGAGCUUCACAAACUAGCCAUCGACGAAUUCAUCACCAAAACCGAUGACACGUCCAUUCGACCAGAUGUGCUUCACAUGUCUCCGCCAUGUCAGUACUUCUCCCCAGCGCACACGCGACCUUGCAGCCGAGACGACGACAACAAGUUGGCGCAGUUAAGCAGCUCUGCGCUCGUGAAGAGGUUGCGCCCGAGACUCAUCACUAUGGAGCAGACUUUUGGACUAACUCAUGAUCGACAUCAACCGCACUUCCGGACGCUCAUUGGAGACCUGACGCAGCUUGGGUACUCUGUUCGAUGGAAGGUUGUGGCAUUGUGCACCUGGGGUUUGGCCCAAACACGCAGGAGACUUGUGAUCAUUGCCGCAGGACCAGGAGAGCAGUUACCAGGCUUUCCUCCGGCGACGCAUUCUAAAACCGGAGGAAACGGGCUGCGUCCGUACACCACAAUUCGGCAAGUUCUCAACACAAUUCAGGUGGGCGACAAUCUGCACAACCUUGCAGCCGCCGCCCGGUUCCCCACAAGGAGACCCCGUCUAAACUUCGACAGUUUGCUAGGAACCAUACGAGCUAGCUACGCGGAUUUCUACUAUCCGGACGGAACACGAAACUUUACUCUAAGAGAGUAUGCCUCGUUGCAAGGGUUCCCAAAGGCCCAUAAAUUCCGUGGAACUGCCGUCGCCGUGAAAAGACAGAUAGGCAACGCCUUUCCUCCAAGCUGCGUCAAGCUCCUGUAUAAGCAUUUGGAAAGUUGGCUGCUGCAACAGGACCGUGUCGAGCCGCAUCAACCCGAGACGAGUGAUGUGAUAAUGAUUGACGCAGAAAUGCCAGAUUUUGGCAUCAGUGAUUCAGACUCGCCGAGCAUCAUGGACCAUAUCAUUGACCUGACCAGGGAAGACGCAUCUGGAGCCCAGACCAGUAUUAUUACGUCCUCGCCAUCACCACGUCCGGGGGGGGGGAGGCUCCGGAUCGACUUCCCACAAGGCCGGUUUAAGGUGCCCAGGACCUGA